AUGGAAAGAAUUCCCCGGUGGUUGUUGUUUUCCCUGAUAUCGUCAGUGCUGUGUAUACUCGGGGCCUUGUGUGUGCCGUUGUUAUCGGUUGCCUUUGAUAGCAAGCGGAAUAGCCAAUCUAAGUUGGUCAACUAUGGCCUUUCUCUAAGUGCUGGAUCUAUGAUCACUACUUCACUAUAUAUGUUGUUGCCUCGAAUCGAAAAAUCAAACCGGUUCAAGGUAUUUCCUGGGUUGCUUCUAGGUAUUUGCCUCAGUUUUUUCCUAAACUACCUUGUUCAUGCUUUCGCCAGCGAGUCUCUGGUACACUGUGCCGAUAAAUCUGAUCAUAGCCCGGAUUCACAUGUACACCCACAAUCACACUCGCAUUCGCACUCGCAUUCACAUUCGGAUUCGGAUUCGCAUUUUGGCAACAAUUGUGAUAUAGAAAAUGGCCCCUCUGACCAUGAUUAUCUAACUUCCACUUCAAGUGUUUCUGAAAAUGACCCAUUGAUUACAAAGGAUAGCAAUAGACCCAAAAUGAAAAAGAAAAUGUCCUUGAUUGACUUGCUAACGAGAAGGAAGUCAGAAGGUGAGUGUUGCGAUUUGAACAAGUGCACUCCGCUCUUACAAUCAGAGCAACCGGAAUAUAUCGCAUGUGUCCCACCAGUGAUAAAGUCUUCUCAAAGCGAAAGAAAUGUCCCCCGCGGAGGCGACGAACCAGAAGAUAACGUACAAUCCGAUAAUAAGGAUCAUCGCGGCCUUGUAUGCAUGGAAAAUAAUGUUGGUUACGACCUUGAAAACCUGUCAUUGUACCGUAAGAAUUUUCUUUCGAGCCAUCAUCAUCAUUCUCCUGAAUCGUCCGAAAAUUAUGGCUUCAACCAGCAGUCGCGCUCUUCUGCAUCAUCUUUGGGAAGCGAUAUAACUGAGAAUCCGGCCUUAUUGGCAGAAACACAACGUCAUCCAGACAAUGUUUCAUUAUACCCUCACCAUCAUCACUUAGAGACUCCUUUUUCCAAAUUAUUGUCUAUCGGUAUGCAAACUUGUCUAGUUCUUGCAUUACACAAAUUUCCUGAAGGGUUUAUUAUUUUUUACACCAAUAGAUCAGACUCAUCGAAAUCCUUGGGGUUUUCCAUUUUUUUAAGUUUGACAAUCCAUAAUUUCGUCGAAGGGUUUGCAAUGACGUUACCAUUUUACACUGCAUUUGAAUCCAAAUGGGUUGCUAUUUUGAUUACCACCGUUCUCGGCGGUGGUUCUCAACCAUUGGGUGCAUUGAUAGGUUAUUUCAUCUUUAGGGGCAGUACUCCAAGGGAUCACGAACCCAACAUGGAUCUUUUACUAAGCAUCACCGCGGGGUUCCUAUUAGUGAUCGGUUUGCAGAUGUUCCAGACUGGUAUCGGGUUUAGCGAUGGACAUCAUCAUCAUCAGGGAGAAGGUGAUGAAGAAAUGAAGCAGUCCCAUAGUUCCGGCACAACUUGCUUGAAAUGGUGCUGUACUGGCGUUUUGCUAAUUCUAGCGAGCGCCCUAUUCACUUGA